GGUACUCCAAACAAUCUCUACCGUUCCUUCAGCCAUGAAAAAGACCACAUCAUCAUUAUAUUUCUGUUUGAGGCAACCAUCCUCAUCACAGGCAAAACUACAUUUUGCUUUGAGACUUCCCAUUCGGAUGUUAGCGGCUUAGGAGUUGCCGGGACUGAAGAAGCCUAG